AGCAAAAUGUCACGGUAGAAAUAAAUAGCCAGUUUCAAUAAGGGGCCAAACAUCUCAAGAAAAAUAUUAGAAUCUUUUUUAUGUUCAUCACAGUUAAGAUUUGCUAUAUUUACAUAUCCAAGAGCCUGACACUGUAUGUAUGGCCUCAAUGUAGAAUGCAAGACUGUUCUCGUCUCCGGCAUUAUCCUCUUGAAUCCCAUGUGUUAGAUACUGGAAAUAUUUCUUGGAUGCACUUUUAUCACUUCCAUUCUGCCAGACACAUCACCGAAAUGUAUACACACUUAACAGUUUAUUAUUUGGGAAUUCUAGAUCCAAGAUAUUGGCAAAAAUAUGUGUAUCUUUUAAUUGUUUAUCAUUCAGGAAGAGAGAGAUAUACAGAUAUACAUAUAGGAUGUUCCAAAAAUGUAUACACACUUAGCAUCUUCUAAUUCAGGAAUUAUUUAUAGCUACAGUCUAUAUCGUGGCAGAUCUAUAGGAUGUCUCAAAACUAUACAUCCCUGACAUAAUUGUAUUUUUUCCUCCCAAGAUUUAAUGUGUGUGCAUCUACACUAUAGGAUUUAAUGUUCUUUCACAUCACUUUAACUGCCAUAGUUCAGUGCUAUGGAAACCUGGCACUUGUGGUUUGGCGAUGCAAGAGAAAGCUGCAGAUUUAAAACUACAAUUCCCAUGAUCCCACAGCAUUGAGCCCUGGCAGUUAAGAGUGCUGUCAAGCUGCAUUCAUUCUAGUAGAUCCACCCUCUGUCUCCAGGAGGCGCAAAGCUGCCUAGCAACCAAUCAAAAGCAUCCUUUGAAAUGUUUUCCCCGGGCAAGGGAAAGCAAAUCUUGCAUUUCCUACUCUGAGAGGAAGUAAGGACAGUAGCUGGGAUUUCCAUGCAAUUCAGUUUCUUGCUGUUGCUUUGUUUUAUUUUAUCCAUUUGCAACAAUAUUAUCUUCUAUCUUAUACAACCUUAAAUAAAAUAUUCUAUAUACAGCAAACUUCAGACUGGAUUCAGCAUCAACUAUGCAACUUGCUUACUGAAGACAUGAUGGAUUUAAUCAAAUCUUAGAUUUCUUGCUUAGAAGAGUUAGACUCUGUCCUUUUUUAACAGAGUCCAAGGGUUACUCAUUGGGCAAACUUCCCUUCUUGGCUGAAAAAGGAUAGAUUAUUGUUAUAUAACUUUCAACAGGAAUAGUUGAGACCGGGAUAUGAACCGGGAUAACUGGUUUUGGCCGAAUGCACAAUGUCUUCUGGAAGCCAUCAGCAGCUUUGCGACCUAAAUAAGCCAAACUUCAACAAAAAGCAAGCCACCAAAUUGGUUGAAAGGAUAUUUGGGUUACAAGUCUCUGCCCUCCAACCGCUUCCAAGCUACGAUGAUCAAAAUUUCCAUGUGAGCAUUGCUCAGACUGAAGGGAGAGGAGAAGGAACCGAGGAAUACGUCCUCAAAAUUAUUAAUGCUGAGGACAGCCAGAAAUCGGAGCUUAUUGAGGUCCAGACGCGGAUUAUGAUGUUUCUCAACCAAGAAGGGUUCCCUGUGGCUACACCUCGAUUGACUAAAGAGGGUGAAAUCAUGUUUCUGGAAAGAGUAGAGACAACGGUUGGCACCAAAGAAUAUAUGGUGAGGCUCUUGAGUUUCCUGCCGGGCAAAACAGUGGCAACGCUCCCAAUAGGCCCUCCAAUUCUGUAUGAGAUUGGCCAACUGGCUGCCAGACUGGACAAAACCCUUGCGGAGAAAUUCCAGCAUCCGUCGAUAAAGAGUCUACACAGAGGCGAAUUCAUCUGGAAUCUGGCCAACGUCCCUCUUCUGAAGCGGUACAUCCCCGCCUUGGGCCAAAGCAGCUACCUGGAAGUGGUGAAGCAGGUGAUCGAGGAAUUUGAAGCCAAAAUAGUGCCAAAACUAAGCUCAUUUAGGCCUUGCAUCAAUCACGGAGAUCUCAACGACCACAAUAUUUUAAUAGAGGUCGAUUCCUCUUCCCCUGGAAAGCCAAGCAGCAGAGUGUCGGGGAUUUUGGACUUCAGCGACAUGAGUUACGGCUAUUUCGUCUUUGAAGCGGCCAUCGCCAUCAUGUACAUGAUGAUCGAAAGCGAGGAUCCCAUCCGCGUGGGAGGCCACGUCUUGGCUGGGUUCGAGAGCGUGGUUCCUUUGACCCAGGAGGAACGGGACGCCCUUUUCCUGCUGGUCAGCGGGAGAUUUGUCCAGUCCCUUGUGAUGGCAGCACACACCAGUCUCCAACACCCCGAGAAUAAGGACUAUUUGAUGAUCACGGCCAAGACUGGGUGGAAGCACCUGAUGACCCUCUUUGAGAUGGGCCAAGAGGCUGUCGAGAAGGUCUGGCUUGAGACCGCAAAGGCUUAUUACACCUGAAAUGACUUUCACCAGGUGGCAAACCUGAUUCACAAUAAAUUUUCUGAACAUUC